GUAGAUGGAGCUGUAAAGCAGCGGCUUCAUGUUACAGCGCAGUUGCUCUUCUAGUGAAUCCGUUCACUAUUAACGGCCUAAAACAUAGAAUCAUUUCUUCACGAUCAUAUCCUAAUGAAUAAACUCCGACCUGACUAAUCUGUCGAGAUGGGAAUAUUAAAGAUAAGAGAGCAGUCACUCCUGGUCCAGGCAGUUUUUAGCCAGAAUGUUGAAAUGGUGGAAUUUUUGUUGGAGCAAAAUGAAGAAGUCAAUGAACUGGACCACGAGUGGCGCACUGCGUUGCAUGCUGCAGCUUAUGUUGGUGGUGUUUAUAUCAUGGACCUCCUCAUCAGUUCAGGUGCUGAUGUCAAUGCUAAAGACCAGGAGUGGCUGACUCCUCUGCAUCGAGCAGCUGCCUCUCAGAAUGAAGAGUCUGUUGGGCUGCUUUUGAGAAAGGGAGCUGAAGUGAAUGCACAGGACCGGUUCUGUCAGACGCCGCUGCAUGUAGCUGCAGCCAACAGAGCCAUGAAGUGUGUCCAGAUUCUGAUUCCUUACGUGAGCAGUCUGGAUGCAGCUGAUCGCUUCGGGAGAAGCGCUUUACAUCAUGCUGUCCACAGUGGACACGCAGAGACAGUGACCAUGCUCCUAAAUAAAGGAGCCAACGUGAGUGCCCGAGACAUAAAGGACAGACAGCCUAUCCAUUUGGCUUCUUAUCUAGGGCAUCUGGAGGUUGUCAAGCUCUUAGUAGCGUGCAGCGCUGAUGUGUCCUGCAGGGACAAGCAGGGGUUUACCCCUCUACAUGCGGCUGCUCUUGGGGGACACACUGAAGUGGUCAAGUACCUGCUGAAACAUGGAGCAGAGAUCGAUGAAGCAGAUGGCUCUGGUAACAGUGCUCUCCACAUGGUUUGUUACGCUGGGCAAAGGGCUGUAGCUAAUGAGCUGGUUAACUGUGGUGCCAGUGUUAACCGAUCAAACGUGCGUGGCUGUACACCGCUGCACCUGUCUGCUGCCUCCGCUGAAGGAGCCUUGUGUCUGGAGCUGCUGGUCAAUAACGGGGCAAAUGUUCACAUUCCGAAUAAAUCCGGGAAGAGUCCUUUGCAUGUGGCUGCCAUUCACGGACACUUCACCCGUUCCCAGAUACUCCUUCAAAAUGGUGCAGAGGUGGAGUGUGUUGAUAAAUAUGGUAAUACUCCUCUUCACUCUGCUGCUAAACGUGGUCAUGAGUUGCUCAUCACUACACUCUUGAAUAACGGUGCGGAUGUGGCCAGGCGAGGCAUUAAUGGCAUGACUCCAUUGCACUUGACAGUGUUUUACGGAUUUUCAGACUGUUGUCAAAAGUUACUUUCCUCAGGGUUUGAUGUAAACACCGUGGACGGCCUGGGAAGGACAUGUUUGCAUGCAGCUGCUUCAGGCGGAAAUGUUGAAUGUCUUAAAUUGCUGUUAAAAAGUGGUGCUGCUUUGAAUAAAAAGGACAAUUUUGGAAGGUCUCCUUUGCACUACACAUCAGUGAACGGCUCAUAUCUGUGUACAGUGGCUCUGGUGAAAGCUGGAGCUGAUGUUAAUGAACUGGAUGUGAAUGGAUGCAGUCCACUGCACUACGCAGCUGCUGCCCAAAUCUCACACAGGCAUAACACUUAUAACACUGCCCUACAAACAGCUGAUUUGGAAAGGAUUCAGACCCCUGCAUUUUUCCACAUUUUGUUAUGUCAGCCCUAUACUACUGUUGUUCUGCUCUUUUGUUCAAUAAACACAGGACUGAAGCUGAAGUGUAGUGGAGUUGAACAGAACUGUCCUGACAGUGAGACAGAUGAAGAAGCUCAGUGGUGUUUGGAGUUUCUUUUGCGUAGUGGUGCUGACCCAACACUGCGUGACAGUAAAGGCUUCAGUCCGGUCCACUACGCAGCUGCCUGUGGUCACAGACACAACCUAAAAUUGCUCAUAGAAAUGUCUUUCAAAUGUGUGGAAGAUGUGGAAAGUUGUGUUCCAGUGAGUCCCUUUCACUUAGCGGCGUAUAAUGGUCACAGUGAGGCUCUUCAGGUGCUGUCCGAAACACUGGUUAAUGUAGACAUAAAGGAUCCCAGGGGUCAUACAGCUCUGUAUAUGGCUGCUCUGAGAGGUCACGGCCCCUGUGUGGAGCUGCUGCUGCUUCAAGGAGCGUCGUAUGCCAUCAGAGAGCACAGCCACAGAUGGACACCACUACAUGCUGCAGCUGCCAAUGGUCAAACUGACUGCCUGCUCAUGAUGUUGAAAAGAGACGAAAAAGAUGACAUAAUUGACCUCAUGGACAUACAUGCACAGACUCCAUUGAUGUUGGCUACACUGGGCAGUCACAUUGACUGUGUCCACAUGCUGCUUGAGAGAGGAAGUAAUCCAGACACUAGAGACAGAAGAAGCCACACUGCAUUGCAUCGCGCAGCAGUAGUUGGUAGUGAAGAGUGUGUCUCGGCUUUGCUGGCGCAUGGAGCCUUCUCUCUGUGCAGGGACGUUUAUGGCAGAAGUCCUUUGCACUUGGCUGCCUCUUGUGGUCACGCAUGGCUGCUGCGUCCUUUACUUGAAGCGGCAUCACUCUCAGACCCCCUUGACUCUCUGCUAGACUACAGUGCCUACACACCUACUCACUGGGCUGCUUACCAUGGGCACAGUGACUGUCUAGAAGCUUUACUUGAAUAUAGGCCAUCAAGCUUUCAGGAAGGAAACACCUUCACACCACUGCACUGUGCACUAAUUGCUGGUCACGAUGGUGCUGCUCGACUGCUUAUUGAAACUAUGGGAACAAAAAUUAUGAACCUCAUAGAUGGCAAAGGAAGGACUCCUUUACAUGCAUCUGCGUAUGCAGGAAAUGUUGCAGCGCUGCAGUUGGCAUUGACCUGCGGCUCAGAUGUAAACGCGGUCGAUUAUUCAGGGCGCUCUGCAUUAAUGCUUGCUGCUGAGAAUGGGCAUACUUCUGCUGUGGAUAUCUUGCUUCAUCAGGCCGGGGCAGACCUCAUGCUGCUGGACAUCAACAGGAACUCAGCACUUCAUAUCGCCUGUAUAAGAAGUCAUGAAAUGUGUGCUCUUCUCAUUCUGGCCGAGAUUGAUGACCCAGCUUUCAUCAAUAGCACAAACACGGCACUUCAAACACCUCUGCAUAUUGCUGCAAGAAAUGGUCUAGCCACUGUGGUUGAGGUGCUGCUUACUCGAGGUGCAAUUGUUCUGGCCAUUGAUCAAGAUGGACAUAUUCCGGCUUUGGCAUGCGCACCGAACAAAGAUGUGGCAGACUGCUUGGCUCUUAUAAUUUCCACAAUGAUGCCUUUUUCUGCUGGCACCAUCAGUCUGAUGAAGCACUGUGGCAUUUCUGCAUCCCAUCAGCCCUUGUCCAAAACCGUGCCUAAACAGCUGAUCACAGAGGAACCAUAGAGCUGAGUGGACACCAGAUAAUACACUGAACUCUUUUGACUUUGAACUCCUCCUAUCGAUUCAGAAGGUAUUAGAAUGUAUUUUUUAUUGUACAGUAUUAUACAAUGCUUCUGUUUUAGCAUCAUGCAGUAUAUACUGUGACAUAUUCAUUUGUAAUACAGUACAUCUUUAACUGCACCAUUCCAUUAUGUGCUGAAUUACUCCUUUAUAUGUAGCCUAAGAAAGUAACUACAAUAUCUGCUACUGUUUUAGCAUUAUACUAUAGUAUACAAGGACAGAAAUGUGUUGCUGUGUGGGUACUCUAAAUAUGAAUUUAUCAUUUCACUUUUAUCUCAGCUUGAUAA